UUGCGAGCCCGGAACUUUCCCUUUCUGUACUCCCUUUGUAAUACACAAACUCCCCCCAAGCCCCUCUUCUUCGCCCAGAUACCCCUUCACCCACACUUUUUUCUUCGCCCACGCAUACCCCCACUCGCAACCAUGUCUGCCCCCGUCGAAGCACCAAAGACCGUCGACCAGCCAGAGGUUGUCGGCACCACUGAGGCCGCCCCCGCCCCAGUCCUUGCCGCCGACAACACUGUCGCCCCCGUCGCAGAGCCCAAGACUGAGGAGGCACCCAAGGAGGAGCCCGUUACCGCCGCUGAGGAGACCAAGGCCGACGAGGCUGUCAAGGAAGAGCCAAAGGAGGACAAGGUUGUCGAGCCCAUCUACGUCGGUGCUCUCGGCUACAAGGCACCUGGCCUGAAGAACGCCUUCCGCUUUGCUAAGAAGUUCUUCUGGUUCGGCGAGGAGCCCGUCGCCGCUGAGAGCCUGGGCGAGUACCUCCGUGGCGAGAAGCCUGAGGUUGCCCACCCUACCGUUGCCUGGUCCAGCCAGACUGGAAAGGGUCUCCUUUUCUUCGUCAAGCACGCCGACAAGAAGGACCAGCCCGCUGGUGUUCUGAACUUGGCCUACGCGACUGACCUUGCCAAGGACGGUGCUCUUGCUUUCGCAUUCAAGCUCUCCGGCCACAAGCACGCCUUUGAGGCUUCGACCACCGCCGAGCGUGACGGAUGGUUCGUUGCCGUCGAGAAGGCCAUCACCGAGGCCAAGGCCUCCAAGGACACCAUCGAGUCCAGCGAGGGCUACAAAGAGGCAAAGGAGAAGAUUGGCAAGCCCACCGCGCUAGCGGGCGCUACCGCCGCUCCCAAGAAGAGCAUGGACGUUGCUCCCAAGCUCGCUGAGGGCGAGGCUUCUGAGCCCGCCGCCGCCCCGGCUCGCACUGGAUCUUCCUCCAGCUCAUCUUCUGAUGAUGCUAAGGCAAAGAAGGCCAAGAGCAAGUCUCGCUCUGUUUCUCGUGGCAAGCGUGCCAGCCUCCUCGGCGGACUCCUCGGAAAGAAGGACAAGGAGCCCAAGACUGAGAGCGAGGCCGUCAAGGAGGAGCCAGAGACCAAGGCUGACGAGCCCUCUGCCACUGCUCCUCACCUCGAUGAGAUCCCCACCACUGCUCCCGUCGACGCCAACGAUGUUGUCAAGCCCGCCGAGACCACUGCUGAGCCCGUUGCCCCCGUAGCGGCUGUACCCACUGAGGAGGCUCCCAAGGCUGAGGAGCCCGCCGCCGCCGCUGCUGCCUCUGAGAAGCCCAAGCCCACCAAGCGUGCUUCCAUCUUCGGCACCUUUGUCGAGAAGCUCAAGUCGCCCACCACUGAGAAGAGGGAGGCCGAGGCUGGUCUUGCUGCCACUCCUGUCAAGGAGAACGAGACCGUCGCUGAGCCAGCCAAGCCCGUCGAGGAGACCGCUCCCGUUGCUGCUCCUUCUGCCAACGAGGCUGCCGCUGCUGAGCUGAACAAGGACGAGGCCAAGCCCGUCGUUGCCACCAGCACCCCAUCCAAGGAGAAGGAGCACUUCAGCUUCGGCAAGCUCUUUGGCAACAAGGACCGCGCUAAGUCGCCCGCCGCUCAUGAGAAGCUCCCUGAGCCCAAGGCCGAUGCCGCUCCUCAAAUCGAGGAUGCUUCAGCUCCCGCCCCUACCGAGGUUGCUGAGGCUACCCCGGCCACCACUGAGGCUAAGCCAGAGACCACUGAGGAGCCUAAGCAGGACAAGAGGAAGUCCUUCUUCGGUAACCUUGGUCGUUCGCUGAGCAAGGCCACUGGCAACAAGAGCCAGGCCAACAAGGAGAAGAAGGAGGCUGCCGCCGCCCCAACCCCAGUCGUUGAGGAGGAGACCGCCCCUGCUGCCGUUCCUGUCGUUGAGGAGAAGAAGGAGGAUGAGGCUGCCGCUCCUGUUGCCCCCGUUGCAGAAAUCCCCGCUGAGAACAGUGUGGGCGAUGCUUCGAAAAGCGCCAACCCGACUGUCGCUACAACUGCGUAAGGUCUGGUGGGAAGAUGUCAGCCUCUGCAACGACAGCCACGAUGGAAUGACGGAAAAGCAAAGACACCGUAAAUCCCUUGUUUGACCGUACGGCCAACCCGAUACCCAUCCAAACGUGCUUUGUGUCUUUUACUAGAUUCAAGGCGUAACGUUUGGACCAAACUUUCCUUGACUCUGUUCGACGUU